GCAGCAAAGCCACCAGUCUGCUGCUGUACCGGGGGAAGGCUCUCCGCUCCUCACCGCGGAUCUCCUCUCCUCGGUUCUCUCCUGCACCGGACUGGACUUUGUCAUCAUAGCCACCCUCUCUGCAGCGUUUGCCGGUCAUUUAUGUUUUCAGCGCAGCAGUGAGGAGGAGGAGGAGGAGGAGGAGGAGGAGACGGGGAGAUUUCUGUGCUACUGUUUGGUCCUCAAGGGGAGGAGCCAGUUGUUGAUUCUACGCUGCAAAGAGAAGGCGCCGUGCAGAGAGUGACUGCUAUCAGCGAAGAGGAGGCCUGAAAGGAUGAAGGAGAAUUCAGGAGUUCAGCCCCUUCAGGACUAGCUCAGACCGAGGGAACGUCAGUGGAGGUGGAGGAGGAGAACGAGGACUGAAAAGACAAAGUAAACCACAUGACCAGACCACGGAAAGGCUCCAAAUUAGUGAUGUUCCCCUCGGGCAGGGAUUACCUCCUCCCCGUCGUCUCCCCCUCCGUCUCUCCCGCUCUUCCUCCCGCGUACAGCAGAGCAGCCGCCCAGCUCCAAGGCUCUGAGCCGUGAGAGCUCGCUGUGCUCACCCACCCACACACACACACACACACACACACACACACACACACACACACGCACACACACACACGCACACACACACACACACACACACAGUUGCAUCCUGCUCAUGGUCGUUGGCCUGCCCUCCUCAGCUGCUGCUCCUGCUCUAGUCCCAGACGAUGAAGAGGCCCAAGCAGCAGACGGGGCCGCUGAGCUUCCUAAACUUCUUCAGCAGAAAACCCAAAUCGGAGCCGAGGCCCGAGAGGCCUGUGGAAGCCUGGCCCAAAGAGGAGGUGGCCAUCACCCUGACCCCCAGCGAGCAUCCAGAACAGGACCUCAGCCUCGCAGCAGAAGAGGCUGGAGAAUCAAGAGUUUCUGGAGCAGAAAGAGGAGAAGGAGGAGGUCCACCGGCAGCUGCUGAGGCGGGAGAGGAUGGUGCCGCCACAGCCGAAUGCGUGGGCGGGGUCAGCAGCGGCUCCACUGGUGUCCUGUCCCUCUCCUCCUCCAGCCAGGAGCAGCUAUUGGACGAACACCUGGAGGAGUGCCCACUGUGCCUGCUCAGUCAACCGCGUUGCCACUUCCCACGACUCACCUCCUGUUCCCACCGGGCAUGCUCCGACUGUCUCCGCCAGUACCUGCGCAUCGAGAUAUCGGAGAGCCGGGUGGGCAUCGCAUGCCCGCAGUGCCCUGAGACACUGGCGCCACUGGAUGUCCGUGCCAUCCUAGAUGACCGGGCGCUGCUGGAGCGGUUUGAGGAGUACCAGUUGAGGCGUUUUCUAGCUGCUGAUCCAGAUACACGCUGGUGCCCUGCGCCUGACUGCAGCUAUGCAGUGAUAGCUUACGGCUGUGCCGAGUGUCCCAAGCUGAGCUGUGGCCGUGAGGGAUGCGACACGGAGUUCUGCUACCACUGUCGGCAGCUGUGGCACCCCAACCAGACGUGUGACCAGGCCCGGCGUCAGCGGGCCCGCCACACCUCAGGCGGCAACGAUGCCUCCACGCUGUACGUCUUCAAUGAAGAACCUGGAGGAGACGCGGAGGAGAUCAAAGCGUGUCCUCGCUGUGGUGCCUACAUCAUGAAGACCAAUGAUGGCAGCUGUAACCGUAUGAACUGCACUGUGUGUGCCUGUCAGUUCUGUUGGCUGUGUAUGCAGGAGAUCACCGACGUGCACUACCUCAGCCCCUCAGGAUGUACAUUCUGGGGGAAGAAGCCAUGGUCGCAGACCCGCAAGGUACUGUGGCAGGUGGGCAUGUUGCUCGGAGCACCGGUGGUCAUCUCCCUUAUAGCGGGCAUCGCCAUUCCUGUCAUCAUUGUGGGCAUACCAAUCUACAUGGGCCGAAAGGUCCAUGGUCGCUGUAAGAAAAACAGUAUCUCAGGAAGCAAGCACUACUUGACUGUGGCGAGUGGGGUGAUGAUGUCAGUCUUUGUGUCGCCGGUCAUAGCAGCUGUCACUGUGGGUGUGGGUGUACCGCUAAUGCUGACAUAUGUCUAUGGGGUCGUCCCCAUGUCACUCUGUAGGAACGGUUGGUGUCGACCCCAGAGUGAGCCCCCUGAAACACACAAAAUCCAACUGGAGGACUUGGCCAGCUAUCUUCUAUUCUCUCAUGUAGUCAGUGACCACUGGACGGGUCAGAACAACCCAACGCCCAGUGACACCAGCGUCCAGGAAGUUAGAGUGAGUGUACAGGAAGUGGGUGUCCUCCCAAGUACGAGCACCACGCCCCCAGAGCUAGAUAGCUAUGUGGGAUUGGAUGAAACCACAAAACGCCAUGAAUAUACUCAGCAGGACAGCCCAUCAGACUGCGAGGUGGUUAUUGUGCCUGACAGCAAGCUCGACGACACGCAAGCGGGUCCUCUGAGGGAUGGAACCAAUAUUGAGGUCCGUGUGGAAAUUGAGACCCAUCCCAGAGGCGCCCGCCAGUCCAGCCUAAGUAGCAUCCUGUCUAGCCGAAGCUUGUCAGUGGAGUCCCUGGGACACUCGCAGUCCCAGUCCCAAGACUACAUGUGUGCCUCAGAACUGGAAGGAAGACGAGACGGGGGAGGAGGAAAAGGAGAAGAGCAGGAGGGAAGAGAGAAACCAGGAGGGGAAGCAGUAGGAGGAGACGAAGGGACACCAGUCUUUGAAAUAGAUGGUGUAUGAGGUCCUUCAAUGCAGGCUUUAUACUUGGUUGAAGAUUUAGUCAGGUUUUAUGGAAAUAAACAAAAUCCAUGAGCUGACAUGUCCCUGGAUUGACCUGCAAAUCGUUGGCCAAGGUCACCCCCUGCUUCCAAGACGGGCCCUCCCACCAGAUGCCUUCUAGCUCCAGCCUCUAAGGAAGACGCGGGUUUAGAGAGAGCAAAUGAAAAAGAUGCGAGUGUGUGAGUGAGUGUUUGAGACAAAUAGCAUGAGACUAUGACAUAAAAACUCAAGGGGGAUAAACUGUAAAGCAGACAGGAUAGCACCCAUCAGUGAAUCUAAAACAGAAGUGACUGAGAGCAUGAUAGCCGACUAGUUCAGUCUGUUUUUUUCUCUGCGGUCUUUUCUGAAUGGAGACUACCUUAUUCCCCCCUCUAUUAUAAAUCUAUUUCAUGAAGCCCUCUCUUUGUCCAGCUGUACUCUUAUACUUCUUUUAGUGACCUCACCUCCCUCCUCCCCCUUCUCUUUUAUGAAUAAAGAAACCCUCGCAAGCAUGAUUUGUUUCAUGGGCGGAUUAAGAAUUUUAACAACUGUCUUGUCAAUGAGUGAAUAUCAAACACUUCCCAAGCCAUGCUGUGAGACAGUAAGAUGUUUUUGUUUUUUUUCUACCUUAAAGAAUAUCUCCAGAAUUUUAGGAUGCAGUGUUCAGACCGGAAUUGGGCAAUGUUAAACAAACAAUGCAUUUUUUUUUUUUUUUUUUUGAAAGAAGUCCGGCUGAAAAUGACAUCUGGGAAACUGGAAACCAAGUCUGUAACUGUUGUUAUCUAUUGGAUUCAAAGAUGCUCUGUGACAUUGAGGCAGUGAUUGUUUGAAUUGACCGGAGGGCUUAUAAAUACCAUGAAUUAUAACUAUUAAUCACAGAUCCACAGUCUUCCAUGGAAGCAGAGAAGAGGCAGUGUCACUUUUGCAUUGUUUUAGUGCAGCGUUUCACCUUGAAGAGGCUUUUUCCCUUCUAAACUGAAGAGGGAGACAUUGCUUUAGUUUGUAAAACUGCUCAUUCUAAUGCAGAUACAUACUUGCAUUAGUGGCAACAACAUGGCAGCGACACUCAACUUUUAAAAAAAUAGCUGCAUGAUUAUACUGUAUCCAGGAUAACACAUACUGUAUACGCACACACAAGCAAGACUUCCAUGUUCACAUACACAGUCGCACAUACACACACACACACACACACACACACACACACAAGUGCGCCCACACACGCAGCAGUCGGUGUAGUCGCAGUAGUGUGCACUGCUGAGGACAUUAAAUAUAAACUGAAGACCCUCUCAGAUGAUCACAGAGCACCAAAAUGACAACAGCAGCAUGCCACCUCAGGCUAAAACUGUAAUAACCCCUUCUAGAAGAUUUAUGAGAAAUACAUGACUAUACAUGCACUGCUUCGCUUCCUGAGUGUGAAAUACUUGUGAGAUGAACUCAGACAUGACGUGAUGACCUGUGCUGGGUUGUGGACAGAAAUUUAAAUAAAGAUUUCACCAUGAAGGACAAAAACA